AUGCUGGGAACAGGCUCGUCGACAGCAGGACUCAUUGACUUUCCUGAUGAGCUCAACUCGCCCACGGCAUCAACAACAACAGGUGGUAGUAAUAGUGGCACCUUGACGAUGCCAGAAACAUCGGUGUCCAUGAUGACGACGUUGUCAGCUGAUGCCAUUUCGUUCCCUGCGUCGCUGGCCAUUGAGCCGCUGAGUAGCAGUGGUGUGACGCCAUCGUCGUCAGCGGGUCUGAACGCCAUGAACUUUAUGAAUACGACCAGUGCCAGCACUGCAGCGAGUAAUCAUGGAGACGGUUUGGGUCUUGACGUCAAUAUGGGGAUGAACGUGGGUGUGAAUAUGGGUCUAGGUCUGGAGAUGGAUAAUAUGGGAAUGGAUAUGAACGCGAACGCUUUUGGCAUGAAAGACACGAAUCAGAUGAUGUUUAACAACAUGCAACAGCAAAUGAACGUGAUGAAUCCUCAGAUGUCGUACUACAUGCCUCAACAGCAGCAGAUGCAGCAGCAGCAGCACUACAUGCAGAUGAUGCAACAGCAGCGCCAGUUAAACCUUCAGCGUCAGCAGCAACAGCAAAAAGCAUUGCGCGAGCGGCAACGACAGGUGCAGCAGCAACAGAUGCAGAAAAACAAUCAGCAGACGCACCAACAGCAUGCAGCGCAACAAAAUCAACAGCAUAUGCUCGCGGCAAGUCACGUUCCGUCUCAAAUGGUCGCGCAAAGUCACUUGAGUGGGGGUAACAAAUGCUUGAUACCAGGCGGGGACGCCCACCUGGGCGUAAACACUGCACGCUCCUUGCCUCCGACUUCAGAUCCCGACGCUGGUUUGACAACUUCUGCAACGCGCCAACGGUGGCAGACAUCAGCCGAUCAGGCAUUGCGCAAGGAGAUGCUGAAUCACAUUAUGCGGGUGUUGCAGAACCAAAGAUCGAAUGCCCCAGCAAACUGGCUACAGAAGCUGCCAGAAAUGGCACACCGUCUCGAAGACGAGUGCUACCGUAUUGCUGCGUCACGCGAAGAAUAUGCAAACACAAGCACUUUGCAAUCGCGGUUGCGCAGCAUUGUACGUAGCGCCCAGACCCACCAACGAAAUGUUGGGGGCAACGCAAUGCGACAGCCCGGCGCACCAAACCAGACGUCACCAGCGAAUAAUGUAUCAGCGAGUUUAGCUUCAUCUGGGACGCCGAUUCCGUUCCCAGGCCAAUGCGCCGUUGCACCAAUGACAAAUGGAGCAAGUUUGGAUGUAAAACGCCUAGCUUCUCAGGCUAUCCAAAUGCCACUGGAGCUUCAGGACCUACCUUCACAGGUAAAGACUCCAGCCAAAGUGGAAGCAUGUCAGGUUCAAACGCGCAUGCAAGUAACACCUUCGGGGGUUGACUUUAUGACAGAUCGCUUGUCGAUGACCAGCACGGGUGCUUCACCUGUUAUUGGGCAGAACGAUAUGCAGAAAACCCCGUGUGCUAGUGUAUUCAAUGGAAAUGGAAACGCUACUAGUUUUGGUUCACAAUCAGCUACUUCUCCAGCAUCGAUUGCUCGUAACAAGUCGGCCCAGAUUAUUUGGCAGUUCAAGGCUAAGGCACAGCAAGUAACGUCUGCAUUGGACAAGAAUCAGACAACGGAGUACCACAAUAAAUUGCGACUCAUGGUUCGUGAAGACGUAAAAUCAGCUGGUUCAAAAGAAGUACUGCAGCGGCAACAGCAACGGCUGUUGUUACUACGGCAUGCUAUGUGGUGUAAGUCGCCCGAAGGUACGUGCGCAACUACACCGAGCUGUGGAGAAAUGAAGCGACUCUGGGCUCACAUGGGCGCCUGCCGACAGACAAACGCGUGCUCGUAUAGUCACUGUAUUUCGUCCAAGUACGUGCUAUCGCACUUUCAGCAGUGUGCGAACGCCAAGUGUCUCGUUUGCCAGGUUGUUCGAUAUCCCGUGGAAGUGAAGGAGAAAAACGGUACGCUGAUGCUAGAUGCGGAUCGUGCUUUGCAGCAGAUCAUUGCUGCAAGUCAGCGUCGACAGCGCAUGCUUGCGAUGAAGAAACAAGAGGGACUGCAGCAGCAACAAAUUGCUCCGCAGGUGCAGCAGCCAAUGCCUUUGGCGAUGCCUGCUCAUUUACAACAACCCCAAAGCAGCAAUAAUUUUGCAGCAAUGAGUCUACAGCGACAACAGCAAAAUAUUGAACACACCGGGAACUUGUCCACAUUAGCGGAUGCCAACAGCAGCGUGUUGAGGACGGCGGUACCAACAGCACAGUCCUCCAGACCGAGUGGUAUGGUGGGGAAUGUGAAAGCAUCGAAUGCUGUGACAACCACGAACUCGGUGCAGGAUGACCAGCGGCAGUUCCAACUGAUCAAGCAGAAGCUCAAUGGGCGUUCUCUUGAGCAGUUGACUGCGCAUUGCGUGAAGCUUGAAAAAUGGGUGGAAGAAAUUCGUGCGCGCAUGAAUGCUAUUAUGAAUGAAUGUCGGCAGCUGCUGCAUCUGUCAAACUCGACACAAGACCCGAUGCAAAAAACUCAGUACGAAUCGCAGGUGCAGGAAAAGCGCGUUAUGCUUAAGCAAUUGGAUGUGAAGUUCAAGCAAUGCAGAAAUCAGCGGAACAUCGUGAAGCACGUGAUCGAUGAGCGCAACGUUGCCACAUCGAUGUCAACUCGGAAUGGUGCUGUUACAUCGACUCAAGCGGUCGUAAAUGCAUCAGCGCCAGCGAUGCAGCCUAUUUUGAUGCCUGUUCAAAUACCACAGCAAAACUUUCUUCAACAGAUGCAAAGGCCGGCUGUAAGUAGCCCCGUGGCAUCGAUGAAGCCGUCACCCGACGACCUGCUCGGUGAAGAAGAUGCGGAUGUGCCGAUGAAGGUCGAUGACAGCCUUCUGGUUGCAGGGAAGCCUCUGGAAAUGCCAACAGAACUUCAAGACACAACUGCAACUCCCGUUUCAGUAGCUGCACCACUGAACACGUUAACAGCCGCACAGGAGUCGACCUGCAACCUCUCGCUAACAGCGCUGAAUGCCUCUCGACCAGUGUUGUCAAUCGAUGACGCUGCUCCAGGGCAGGGUCAAGACUCUGAUCAAGGUCAAGCGAAAGAGGUUUGUAAAGCGGACAUUGCAUCAUCAACCUCGGGGUCGUUUGGUGUUACGGUCAAGGAAGUACCCGAGACGUCAAUUGGCGAUACAACGACAUCUCCUGAUCAGGUUUCUGUGAAGCAAGAGGCGACCGUCAACCCGCUGACGAUGAACAAUUCGAAGUUGAAUGCCAUGAUGGUGGAGCAUCGCCGAAUGGAUGCCAGUACAACUUUACAGCUACCUGCAGGUGCCGUAGGAACACCAAAAGCGAUUAUUGCAACGCAUAGAAGUGAGGCGAAUAUAAGCUCCGCGGCCCCGGCAACACCAGCGCCACCAGCGUCCUCUGAAGUUCCAAUGUCUGUGCUGAACGAGCUAAGUAAUGCGGACCUAGCUUCUCACAUCAGUUCUCUGGUAACAGGCUACAAUGCCACAGUGUCUCCAGCAAUUCUGAAGAAGAAGUUGGAGGCACUUUUGAAAGGCAUGAUGGAGCACAAGUUUGGGUGGGUUUUCAAUACGCCCGUGGAUCCAGUGGCUCUGAAUAUUCCGAAUUAUUUCAAGAUAAUUCGAAAGCCGAUGGAUUUGGGAACUGUUAAAAAGAAACUUGAAGUAGGUGUGUACAAGCACACGGAGGAAUUUGCUAUUGAUGUACGCACUACAUUUCUGAAUGCUAUGCAGUACAACAGCGAGGAUCAGGACGUCUAUAGUCUAGCGAAGGACAUGCUAUCCGAUUUCAAUGGUGAAAUGCGCAAGCUGGUAGCCGAAUUUGACGCUGACGAAAAGGCUGCCCGUGCGAAAGAGAGUUCGUGUCGAUUAUGUGGCAUCGAACGCAUGGUUUUUGAGCCGGCGGUUUUGUAUUGCAACGGCGAGUGCAAUAGUCGCAUCCGACGGAACUGCUACUACUUCGUGUCAGCGGACAACAAAUACCACUGUUGUCAUCAGUGCUUCGCCAACUUACCCGACGUUAUCAAGCACAACGAAGGUCGCCAGUACCAGAAGAACGUGCUUACGCGUAAAAAGAAUGACGAAGUACACGAAGAGCCUUGGGUGCAGUGUGAUAAGUGCGAGCGCUGGGUUCACCAGAUUUGUGCUCUUUUUAACGGCAAGAUUGAUAGCGAGAAGAAGCCGCAGCUGAUCAAGUCCGAAGGCAGCCAGGCGACAGACAGCAGUGAAACGCCACCAUCGCCUUCUCCGUCCGCUAUAAAGUCUGACGCCGCCACGACCACUACUACAGUCGUGAAGAGUUCUUCAUCAUCUGGCUUGAAAGGGACGGUCCAUUCGAUUACGACGUCACCCGGAAGUGAGUUUUUAUGUCCAGAAUGCUUGCUUGAGCACCGAAAAAGUGAACCGGAAAAGUACAAAAUUGGUCGGCAUGCUUUUAGUGCGAAAGAUUUACCACGUACGAAGCUGUCUGAUUUCCUGGAGCGACGUAUCAUCAAGUCAUUGCAAGCAGAGCGUGAGGAUGAGGCAAAAUGGACGCAGCGUGACGUGAAUGACGUUGAGACUGCUGAAGGCCUUACUGUGCGUUUGGUGUCAAAUAUUGAAAAGCAGUUGAUGGUGCGUGAUAAAAUGUUUCAGCGGUACAAGGACUCUCACAAGUAUACGUCGGAGCACCGCUUCAAGUCCAAGUGCAUUUGUAUGUUCCAGGAGCUGGACGGUGUCUCGGUCUUACUGUUUGGUAUGUACGUGCACGAGUUCGACGAGCAAGAAGCGGACUGUAACUCGCGGCGUGUGUACAUCUCCUAUUUGGACUCUGUGAACUACUUCCAGCCGCCCCAUCUUCGAACAAAAGUAUAUCACGAACUGCUGAUCGCGUAUUUUGAUUUCGUGAAGCAACGUGGUUUUCAUACUGCACAUCUGUGGGCAUGCCCACCCCUUAAAGGGGACGACUAUAUUUUGUACUGCCAUCCAGAGGCACAGAAAACGCCGAAGUCAGAUCGUUUGCGUGCUUGGUACGUAGAUAUGCUGGUGAAGGCGGAGGAAGAAGGGGUGGUGUGGCAAAUCACGAACAUGUUCGACGACUACUGGUGCAACGACAAUACGCCAUGUGCACUACCAUACUUCGAGGGUGACUACUGGGUCGGCUUGGUUGAAGACUUGAUCGAAAAGUUGGACGCCGAAAAACCGAAAAAGGUUGUCAAUAAGCGUGGUUCCAAGUCGCAGAAGCGAAAAACUUCAGAUACGAAGAAAGCUGCGAACAAGAAGUCCAAAUCGAAGAAGGCGAAACGUCGUAAGACCGCGUCAGGUGAAGAAGUGUUAUGUGAUGAGGAUGAAGACGACGACCAGACGCCGUCAAUGUGCAAUCGUACGCUUACUGUCAAGUCGCUGGACGCGGCUGACCGCAAGUUGUCGGAUCCGUUGAUGCAUAAAUUGAGCGAGGUGAUCGAACCCAUGAAGGACGAUUUCUUGGUCGUGAAGCUAGUGCCAUGUUGUCGGGUAUGCAACACGUCAGUAGUGCAGGGUGCGCUAUGGCGCGACGCUAGUGUGAAAACCGAGCAUGGCCUGAACCCGAAAGUGGUGCAAAUGGCGCUGUGCGAUGGAUGCUAUCAAAAACUGAAGACAGUAUCUGCUGCAGGUGUGUCGGCGGCUCACCACAGACUGCAGGUGCAACUACAUGCUCUUACGAAAGAGAUCGUGGCAUUGCCAGAACGUUGCAUUGAUCCGGACGAGAUCAAUGACAGCGAGUUUUUCGAUACGCGACAGGCCUUUUUAAGCCUGUGCCAGGGCAACCACUACCAGUUUGACGAGCUGCGUCGUGCCAAGCACUCGUCCAUGAUGGCUUUGUACCACUUAGGCAAUCCGAAUCCGAAUGCCUAUGUGUACGAAUGCAACGCUUGCACACGAGACAUUGUGGCAGGUAAUCGCUGGCACUGUCACACGUGCCCGGACUUCGACGUAUGCGAUGCUUGCUAUGUCAAGGAGAAACACGAGCACCCACUGGAAAUGGUGCCUACUAGUGGCGCAGGUGCCGGUCUGGCACUGACUGGUGGCACUGGUGGCCCUGGGGGAGCACCGGAUCUCACUCCGGAGAAGCGGCGUCUUCGCGAACAGCGUGCCAAGAACGUUCGCUUGCACAUGCAAUUACUGGUUCACUCGAGUUCGUGCGUAGAUGGCAACUGCGGCUCUUCAAACUGCGAGAAGAUGAAGGAGCUGAUGCGCCACGGAGCGCAGUGCAAGCAGCGUGCUUACGGCGGUUGUACCAUCUGUCGGCGAGUGUGGGCCCUAUUGCAGCUCCACGCGCGGCAGUGUCGCCAGUACAAGUGCAAAGUGCCACGCUGUCACGAUCUUCGGGAACACGUUCGCAAGCUGCAGCUACAGCAACAGCUUAUGGACGACCGGCGGCGCGCAGCCGUCACGCAGCAGUACCGGCAACUGCAGAGCGAACGUCGACAGGAGCAGCAAGAGCAAGCUCAAGGCGAUUCGCCUAUGCCGCAGGCAUGA